CUAAAGUAGAGAGAGAGAGAGAAAUAAAGGAAACCGAGUUGGUUUAGUUCUAGGAAAGUGCACACGGUGGAAUCAAAACAAAAGCUGUCUGUUCAGUUCAGUCUUCUUCCAGAGUCUUCUUCAACCAAAAAAAAAAAAAAAAAACGCCCCAAAGACACAGAGAGAGAGAGAGAGAGAGAGAGAGAAUGGAGCAGCAAGGUGUUACUAAGGUUCGGUGCCAACGAAUUGGGUGCGAUGCCAAGUUCUCCGAGGACGACAACCCCGAAGGUUCUUGUCAAUACCAUGCUUCGGGACCAAUAUUUCAUGAUGGGUCAAAAGAGUGGAGUUGUUGCAAGAAGAGAAGUCAUGACUUCAGCGAAUUUUUGGCGAUUCCAGGAUGUAAGACAGGCAAGCACACAACUGAGAAGCCAGUGUUGACAAAGCCAACUCCUAGUCCAAAGAAUCCAGUUCCUGUUCCCUCUCCAAGUUCUACAACAGAUGCAUCUCCAAAAGAGACUUGCCCUAGGUGCCGGCAAGGUUUCUUUUGCUCUGAUCAUGGUUCACAGGCUAAAGUGACAAAUUCAAAAAUAGAUGACACUAUGGACACAUCUGCACCUACCAACAUAAAUGUUCAGAGCUCUCCUACUCCAGUAAAGAAGGUUGUUGAUAUUAAUGAACCCCAAACAUGCAAGAAUCCUGGUUGUGGUAAGACUUUCAAGGAAAAGGAUAAUCAUGACACUGCAUGUAGUUACCAUCCUGGGCCUGCUGUUUUCCACGAUCGUAUGAGAGGGUGGAAGUGCUGUGACAUCCAUGUAAAGGAAUUUGACGAGUUCAUGGGCAUUCCGCCUUGCACCAAAGGAUGGCAUAAUGCUAAUCCAUCAUCUUAACAAAGCAGAGACCUCCAGCUGCAAGGAUGAGUUGUUUCUGUUGUCACUGCUUUCUGUUUUUUCGGUUGAUUUGGUUCUUUUACCUAAUUACUUUUUUUUUUCCUUCUCCGAACGGUGAUGAACUUCCAUAAUUUAAAACACUUCUAAUAUUUUCGGAUGUGAAAUGUGAAUUUGGCAUUUUGAGAUUAUUUGCUAAA